UUUGAGUAGAUCUGAACGAGCGUGUAGGGCCAGAGUGGAUUUAAAUUGUUUACAGGCACUCAAGUUUCUGCGUGUGUAAUUGUGGCAUUAGAAUGAAUCGAACAAAAGUCGAGGAAAAAAAAUGUGAAUUAGGAAAAAUCGACGUUACUUCUCCAACAGAAGUUGUUGAUUAUGCAGCUGGUCUGCAUCGUGAAAUUACUGAGGAAACCAAUAAGAUAGCGUUUUUAUGUAAAACUGUGGAACAGAAGGAUGACCUAAUUAAACUUUUACUGAAGGAAAAAAGCAUCCUGGAAGGUGAAAAAAGUUUGCUCCAAAAGGAACAACAGUCAGCUAUUAAGGAUAAGGAAAGUAUCGUAAUGAGAUUUGCGAUAGUGGAGAAAAAUUUACUUGAUGUGAAAACUCAACUAGAACAGGCGGAUAAACGGGAGAAAAGGAUUCAGAAAGAAUUGGAUACGCUAAACGAAAAAAUAAAAAUAGCCAAAGAUGAGAAAGGCCGAAUUGCCUCUGCCCUUGAUAGUAAGUCUCAAGAACAUAGAAACUGCUUAAAAGAUAUUGAAAAAUUAAGAACCGAGAUUUCUUCGUUGGAAACUAGAUGUAAAUGGAGCACGGUCAAGCUAAGGCAAGAAAUAGAAGCCAAACACGUUCUUGAAAAGGAGUUACACGACUUAAAGAACACUGAAAUCUGUACAAAAUCAGAUAAUGGUGAAAGUACUUUGGAAAAAAUAUCUGAACUGAAGGCCAACCAAAUAACGUUGAAGCAUGUGAAUGUAGAACAAGCAGAUAAAAUAUCUGCUCUUGAACAACAGUUAGAAAACACAUUUAAGGAACGUACUACUCUUCAGUCAUUAUUGGAAAUUACCAACGACAAGAGGACUAAAUUGAGUGUGGAUUUUGAAAAACUUCAACAAGAAAAUUUGGACCUACAACAUCAACUUGAUACUAAUGUCCUCAAGAUAGCUGAGCUUCAAGCAAAGCUCAAUGAUCUAGGAACUGUUCGAGCCCAAUUGUCAAUAGUCAACGAGAUUAACAAUAACCUUACGGAACACAUGAAGAAUAUUGAAAGACAAUUAGCCGACCAAACAGCUGACGUUAGCAAAUUCAACCAAAGAGAAUCUGAAUUACUGGCAUUGAAUGAGGAGUUAAGCUCGCUGAAUGCUACUCUUCAAAAUGAGAUUUCUUUGCAAAAGUCAAAAAGUAUAGCCAUGUCCAUAGAAAACAACUCUUCUAAGGAAAACCAAUCCCACUAUGAGGUAAAUAUAGUCAAACUGCAAGAGCAGCUUGAGUAUGAAAAAAAAUGCCGUUAUGAGGAACGUUUGGUGAUGGCUAAGCAUUUGGCCGAAAAAACGAAAGAUUGUGAAGUUCUUCAACAAAAACUGGAUCAGAUUUCAGGAGAUUUAGAUGCAGUGAAAAAGAAAAAUUUAUUUAUUGUGAAGGAUUUACAACGAGAAAUUGCUACGUUACAAAAAUCAUCUUCAAAGCCAGUUGAUGCACUAAGUAUUGGUAACAGCGUUGCAGAUGAUCAAUUCAAACCUAACUCCAGUGGCUCCAUUAAAAGCGUUGAUGAAUUUGAGGAAAAGGAACCAUCCAAAACAAAACUAAUCGAACGGAUAAUUCGUUUACAACAUGCAAGCAACCGACAAGCAGAGAAGAUUGAUUUUUUGGAAAACCAUUCAUCGACCCUUGUAGCAGAAUUACAGAAAAAGACAAAAAUUGUCCAACAUUAUAUGAUGAAAGAACAAGCUACCUCUACGUCUUCAGGAGAUAAAAAUAAGAUGUACAAUGGAAUAAUGCACGCAAUUUAUGGCAAUGCUAAACCUUCGGAUAUGAGCCUAGAACUAGUUCUUGAGGUCAACAAAAAACUCCAGUCUGUGUUGGAGGACACGCUGCUGAAAAAUAUUACUCUGAAGGAUAACCUUGAUACGCUAGGAUUAGAAGUGGACCGACUCACGCGCCAAGUUGCAAAUUACAAAAGCUAUAAACGAUGAUAUCAAAUCAAAUAUAAUACAUGAAUAUUCCUUGCCGUGUAAUAGAA